UGACAACUUUGCUCUGUAGUCUGUGUUUUUAGUUUUUACAAAAUUAAGUUUUUUUAAUUGUUGCAGAAUAUAUUACAUAUAAUUAUUUAGAUUGGAAAAGGGAAAAUAUAAAUACUUAUAUCAAUAAGUCAAUAUAGUUUUAGGAACACUAUGUCUCAUAAGCCGACUCCAUAUAGUCCCAACUUUCCUCCCAGUCAAGGGUAUGCUGCACCAGAUGAAGGUGGAAAUUCACGUGAGAGCUAUCCAAUGCAUCCGCAGCCAGGCUAUCCUGGGCCACCACCAUCUUUGCCACCUGGAGCUCAACCAUUGCCUGGAAUGCAGCCAGGGUGGAACCCAGGAUUUCAGCCUGGUUAUGCUCCAGGCUAUCCACAUCCACAGCCUGGUUAUCCUCACCCUCAACCUGGAUAUCCUGCUCCAAUCAUGCAUCAGCCUGCACCAGCUCAAGCAUUAGCUCAAGCACCAGGUGGCUGGAUGAAUAUUCCACAAGGACUCAGCAACUGCCCACCCGGCUUAGAAUACCUUUCUAUGAUUGAUCAGCUCCUUAUCCGCCAGAAAGUAGAACUGUUGGAGGCUUUUGUCGGCUUCGAAACUAAUAAUAAGUAUACAGUUAAGAAUGCACUCGGGCAGAAGGUGUAUUACGCCGUAGAAGAUAAUGAUUGUUGCACGAGAAACUGCUGCGGACCAAUGCGUCCCUUCGAUAUGAAGAUAUUGGAUAAUUACCGUAAUGAGGUAAUUCACCUACACCGUCCCCUGGCCUGUGAUUCGUGCUGGUGUCCGUGUUGGCUCCAGAGCAUGGAGGUGACGGCACCGCCUGGUACCGUGGUGGGCUCCAUCGAGCAGGAGUGGUCCAUCUGCAAGCCAUGCUAUGUCAUAAAGAACGCCACCGGCGAAGUUGUGCUGAGGAUCAAAGGACCGGUGUGCACGUUCUCUAUAUGUGGUGAAGUGGAGUUUAAUGUAUAUUCAAAAGAUGGAGAAACGAAGGUCGGCAAAAUCACUAAACAGUGGUCCGGCUUGGCACGAGAGGCUUUCACGGAUUCUGAUUAUUUCGGAAUCAGUUUUCCAAUGGAUCUCGAUGUUAGGAUUAAAGCAGUUUUAUUGGGAGCAUGCUUUUUGAUUGAUUUCAUGUUCUUCGAAAAGUCUGGAAACGUGGAAAGCGAUGGGCCCGGAAUGUUGUGAACUUAUAAAAUUAUUUCAAAAUCUUUUAUUAUUAAUAUGACGUUGAAUCUCUCA